AGGGGCCCCCCGGAGCCUGCCGGGCCCCGCCUCGCCCGAGCGAGGGCCGCGCGGCCCCUCUGCAGCCGCGCCUCGCACGCCUGGCCCGCGCCGCCCGCGGGGGCGGGAGAUUCAAACGGCCCUAGCGCGGCCGGCGAGGUUGCGCGCGGCCGCGGCGACCUCGCCGCCAGCGGUGCGCCGACCAGCGCGCCUCCCGGGCCGGGGCGGCAGCUCCGGCGGGGCCGCGUUUCCGGAGCGGGAAAGUGAUUAAGUCCAGCACUGGUUUGGAGAAUGCGGUUUGCAGAGUGGGGUGGAACCCAGCCCGGCGAGGGUCUGCUUUCAGGAGGGUAGGCUGCUGAGGGUCUACGCGGAGAGCGAAAUCUCAGCGUCAACAGGCACCGUCACGACGACUGUUGACCGGUUGGAGAGGUGUGCCGGGAACUCCGCACCAACUCAUCUGUCAACAGAUUAUUUACUGGCUGUCCACUCCGUGCCGCGCGUGCAGGGCUGGGGAACAUGGACAGGAAGAUGCCACCCAAGCGUAUAACUAAGAGAAGGUCACCCACCGAAGAUGCCCUCCCCAAAAGCAAGAAGGUGAAGGACCCUGGUAACCAGGCAGUGAGGGUCGUUGCCUCCCGCCGCGUUCCAGGCGCCCGCUCCUGCCAAGUCUCACAUAGGUCCCACAACACAGAACCGGGUUUGGUGCUGACGCUGGGCCAGGGCGACGUGGGCCAGCUAGGGCUGGGCGAGAAUGUGAUGGAGAGGAAGAAGCCAGCCCUGGUGCCCAUUCUAGAGGACAUCGUGCAAGCUGAGGCUGGGGGCAUGCACACUGUGUGUCUAAGUAAAAGUGGCCAGGUCUACUCCUUCGGCUGCAAUGAUGAGGGUGCUCUGGGAAGGGACACAUCAGUGGAGGGCUCAGAGAUGGUCCCUGGGAAAGUAGAACUGCAAGAGAAGGUGAUACAGGUGUCAGCAGGAGACAGUCACACAGCGGCCCUCACCGAGGAUGGCCGUGUCUUCCUUUGGGGCUCCUUCCGGGACAAUAAUGGUGUGAUCGGGCUCUUGGAGCCCAUGAAAAAGAGCAUGGUGCCUGUGCAGGUGCAGCUGAGUACGCCCGUGGUGAAGGUGGCCUCAGGAAACGACCACUUGGUGAUGCUGACAGUUGAUGGCGACCUCUGUACUUUGGGCUGCGGGGAGCAGGGCCAACUGGGCCGCGUGCCUGAAUUAUUUGCUAAUCGUGGUGGCCGGCAGGGCCUCGAACGACUCCUGGUCCCCAAGUGUGUGAUGCUGAAAUCCAGGGGAAGCCGGGGCCAUGUCAGAUUCCAGGAUGCCUUCUGUGGUGCCUACUUCACCUUUGCCAUCUCCUCUGAGGGCCAUGUAUAUGGCUUUGGCCUCUCCAACUACCAUCAGCUAGGAACCCCAGGCACAGAAUCUUGCUUUGUACCUCAGAACCUGACAUCCUUCAAGAACUCCACGAAGUCCUGGGUGGGCUUCUCUGGUGGCCAGCACCAUACAGUCUGCAUGGAUUCAGAAGGAAGAGCAUACAGCCUGGGCCGGGCUGAGUAUGGGCGGCUGGGCCUUGGGGAAGGUGCCGAGGAGAAGAGCGUACCCACCCUCAUCUCCAGGCUGCCCGCCGUCUCUUCGGUGGCUUGUGGGGCCUCUGUGGGAUAUGCUGUGACCAAGGAUGGUCGUGUUUUUGCCUGGGGCAUGGGCACCAACUACCAGCUGGGCACAGGACAGGAAGAGGAUGUCUGGAGCCCCGUGGAGAUGACAGGCAAACAGUUGGAGAACCGUGUGGUCUUAUCUGUGUCCAGCGGGGGCCAGCACACAGUCUUACUAGUCAAGGGCAAGGAACAGAGUUGAUGAAGCGUCUGAGGGCCUGGUUUCCGGCCCCCCCACCUCCCUCCUGGAACAAGGAAGCCAUGAUGUCUACAUAUUCCAGCAGGCCUCUUCCAGCUCCAAGUACUCUGUCAUCUCCUGCCUUUUUCCCAUCAGCAGAACAGAAUGCUUCUCUUUUUUUCCCCUCCUUUUCCGGAAUCAUCCUGGGACCUACAGGAUGAGGGUGGUAUAGAUGGAAGAGGGGAGGGGGUUUUAAUCAGAAGGAACAUUGCUGACCCCACAGCUGUGUGGUUAGACCUUUCCCCCUCAUCCCUACUUCCCAUGGUCCUGGCUGACCCUGGUUUUGCCUAUCAAAAACCAAAACUUCCUCUCCUGCGUGUUUGGUGCCCAUACUCUGAGAAGUCGGGGCUCUGCCAAGCCCUGCUCUAGUCAUGUGCCACUCUUCCUGUCCUUCACAACCCACAGACAAAUGGUACAGUCCUGAGACCCAGCUGUCAUGGACCUACGCCUGGGGAAACUGGAGAAGGGGCAGGGCUACCCAGCCAUGGGCAACCCCAAGCCAAAUAUUUGGCCCUGAACAGGUGCCCAUGGGGCAAAAAGAAAAACAGUGAUCCUCCGCUUGAUCAAGAAAAAAGCCAGUCAGCCUUUCUCCCAGAAGCACAAAGCAUUCUGCCCUUCAGGCCUUGUCUGCCAAGUCUCACCCAUCCAACCUGCCUCACCUGCAAGCCAAGGGCCUGAAAUCCAGAAAGGAAGCUAUGCCUGCAGGGCAGGACCUCGGGGAGAGGGGAAGGAGGGCUUUAUAAGCAAACUUACAGCAAUAUUGAGAGUGAAGGGAGGGCAGGGAAGAGGGUUGGAGGGGCAGAGACUGGUCCCCAGAAAGGGAAGCAGUAGCUUGUACAGAGGCUGAAAAAAUAGAAGAGAGUAUUGAUUUUUUUUUUAAUGUAAAGUAUUUUGGAGGGGAGAGUGAAAUCUUUUAACACUUUGAAUAAAUUUAGAGUUUUAUAAAACAGGCCACUUGUUUUCUACAUGCUCCCUGCUUUUUUAAGGGAGCACCUGCUGUGUUGGGAUGGGCAAAAUAACCCCAUGCCUGUAGCCCUGGUGAAGACUAGGGCUUCAGUGAUGUCAAGAGGUCCUGGUGUGUGCCAGUCAGCUGCGGGGUUUUUUUUGUUGUUUUUUUGUUUUUUGUAUGGAACAGUGGCUGUUCUAGACAAAUAAAAAAAAGUUGAUUGAUUUUUGUUAGGUAUUUAUGUUUCAGGAAUCACUGGAUUUUAAAAAAAUUAUACUGUAUAUUGUGUGAGACAUGGGAUGGAUCUUUUAAUAUCCUAAUCCCAAACCGAGAUUUUUGAGUACAGUACAUCUCUAGAAGUACUUAAGCUAAGUUUACUGAUGUACUGUAUCAUUUCAAAAGCUAGUAUAAUUAAACAUGAUUAACUGCACAGUAACAACUUAAUGCAUAAUGCUGUAGAUUUUCACAGGCAUUUGAGCAACCAAAUCAUAUAGAGCUGACCUGUCCAGUAUGGUGGUCAGUACCUGCAUGUGGCUAUUUACAUUUAAUUUAAAUUUGUAAAAAUGUAAAAUGGACUUCCUUGGUUGCACUAGCCACAUUUCAAGUCCUCAGUAGUCAGAAGUGUCUAGCGCCUAUGGUUCUGGGCUAUGCAAAUACAGAAAUGUAUAGAACAUUUCCAUAACUGCAGAAAGUUACAGUCAUCGGUGCUGAUAUAGGAGGUUUGUAUAUUAGAGCAGGGAAGUUUUACUAGCACCAGGAGGAUUCUUCCAUAUCAGUGACUCUUGGAAAAAUGAAUAUGAUGUAAAAUAACUUAAAA